AUGGCUUCCAAAUUAGUCCACCAUUUCCGACUCAUAAUUUUUCUAAUCUUAUUCCUUCUUUUCAUUGGUGUCAAGUCCUCUUCUUCUUCUUUUUCUUCUUCGUGGAGUUCAGAGAGAUCAGUAGCGGACUACAAGAGAUGGGUGUCUUGGAACGUCCAAAAUUACCGGAAGAAAACUACCUUGAAAGCAGAAUUAAAGUCACCCGCGGGUUAUUAUCAGAAUGAGGCUGUGGAUUCUCUUGACGAGAGACUGAAGAAGGCUGAGAUGAACAAAAUGAGGAUAGCUGUUAGCCAAGAUGGGAGUGGCGAUUUCACAACCAUCUCCCAAGCUCUCAACGCCAUUCCACCACGCAACACUAGAAGAGUCAUAAUCAACAUCAAACCAGGUGUUUAUAGGGAAAAGAUUAACAUUCCGAGGAGUAUGCCGUUUGUGACAUUAUUCGGUGAUGCCGAUGAUCCGCCGACUAUUACCGGAAACGACACCGCAUCCGGCACUGGAAAAAAUGGGAAGCCAUUGAGGACGUUUCAGAGUGCAACCGUUGCCGUCGAAGCUAAUUAUUUUGUAGCCCUCAACAUUAAAUUUGAGAACACAGCACCACAUGUGGUUGGGUUCCGGAAAGGACAAGCGGUGGCAGUGAGAAUAUCAGGGAGCAAGGCAGCAUUCUACAACUGCAGCUUUUAUGGAACUCAAGACACGCUCUACGACCACAAGGGUCUCCACUACUUCUACAAUUGCUUCAUCCAAGGUUCUGUUGACUUCAUUUUUGGCUAUGGCCGCUCCUUUUAUGAGAAAUGUUAUCUGCAUUCAACGGCAAAGAAGGUGGCCUUCUUGACAGCUCAAAAGCGCACAACUUCAUCACUAGAAAGUGGGUUUUCAUUUAAAGACAGUGUGGUAACAGGAAGUGGGCAACUGUACCUUGGAAGAGCAUGGGGUGACUAUUCCAGAGUUGUCUUCUCUUACACUUUCAUGGACAAGAUUGUUCUUCCCCAAGGCUGGAGUGAUUGGGGUGAUCAGAAGAGAGAUUCACAAGUGUAUUAUGGUGAAUACAAGUGUAGUGGACCAGGAGCCAACUUGAAGGGGAGAGUUGCAUGGGCACGAAUUCUAAGUGACGAAGAGGCUCAACCUUUUAUUGGCACCUACUACGUUGACGGCGAUACUUGGCUCAUCAGCCCCAAUUGAAACCAAAGCUAUAAGUUUAGGAAUUCCGCUACUUAUUAUAUUAAUUAUAUGAUUAUAAAGUAGCAAUUGCCAUAUUAUUGAUAAAUAAAUACCGAAAGGAAAAACUGCCGGUACCAUAGCAAGUUGGAUUUACAAUAUGUCGUUUUAAGUUUUCAUGUCGUUUACAGUUAAAACCUUGUUGCCGUUUGAGUCAAAGACGACAUGUUGUUUUAUAUAUAAUAGAGUUUGCUGUCAUCGAAAUUAUUAUCGACAUGUUUUUUGUGCAACUAUUUAAUAGUUGUUAAAAAAAAAAAAAAAAAAAAAAAGGGGUCAUAUCGUUUAAGAGUAAAGCUU